AUGUUAGUUAAAGAGUGGAUAAAGAUACAAGCGGGCGCAGAAACCUUGACUCUGGAGUUCUCCGCAUCUUUCGGAGGACACCCGAACCUCCGAUCAAGAUUAACCCCCACGACUUCCUUCCUCUUCCUUGUCAAUCGCAUAGCUUUAAUUCCCUCCAAAAUGGCUUCCAUCCGCGCCAAUUGCCGCAAGAUUAUGUGCAUCGGCCGCAACUAUGCCGAUCACAUUACCGAGCUCAACAACACAGCCCCCAAGCAGCCAUUCUUCUUCCUGAAGCCCGCAUCAUCCAUCCUCCUCCCCGGCUCGGGUCCGGUCCUCCGCCCCAAGGGCGUCAGCCUGCACUAUGAGGUCGAACUGGGUCUUGUGAUCGGCAAAACCCUUCGCGAUCUCGAUCCCAACGAUGAGAAGGCCGCAUUGGACGCGAUUCAGAGCUACAUCCUCGCCAUUGACAUGACAGCCCGCAACGUACAAGACGAGGCAAAGAAGAAGGGCCUCCCCUGGUCCAUCGCCAAGGGCUUCGACACCUUCCUUCCUAUCUCGCAGCAGAUCGCCAAGUCGCGCAUCCCGAACCCGCAUGACGCAUUCCUGCGCCUCCGCGUUGGCCAGACGGAGCGCCAGGCUGACUCUACUAGCCUGAUGCUGUACCGCAUUCCGCAGCAGCUGGCGCAAAUCUCCCGCGUGAUGACGCUGGAGGAGGGUGAUAUUGUUCUUACCGGUACGCCCAAGGGUGUUGGGCAGGUCAAGGCGGGUGAUGUUAUGAGGGCAUCGAUUGAGGUUGAUGGGAAGGAGAUCGAGGAAGGGCGGAUUGAUGUUGAGGUGCAGGACCGGGAGGGGCGGUAUGAGUUCAAGGAGACUUAG